AUAUAUUCUCAUGGAGUUGAAAGCUUGCACUUACGGUCAUGUAUACACAGUUAUCAUUCUCACACACCAUAUUUCACACACAUACCAAGCAAAUAACCGAGUCUUGUCAUGUUUGUUGAAUUGUGUCACUCUAUAUAUAAAAUCCUAACUUAAAAAAGUUUUUCCCAAGAACUUGUGUUAACUCUUAGCAAAAAAAAAAAUGACAACAGACGAUCCGAGAGCAGCUCAUCCACAGCACCACGACCACGACCACGAUCACCACUCGGACUCCGAGAUUGUCGGUGGUGACAGAAAGGCCAUGUACAGCGGCCCGUUGAGCGGGCCGCUGAACAAGAGAGGUGCCCGGAAGAGUGCUAGAUUCAACCUCCCAGAAGGCAUUGUCGCCGCCGGCAGCGGCGGCAGUGGCACCGCCCCCGCCGCCGACAGUGACAAUGACCAAGCCUACGUCGAGAUCACGCUCGACGUCCGGGACGACUCGGUGGCCGUGCACAGCGUCAAGACGGCCGGGGGAGUGGAAAUCGAAGAUCCAGAGCUGACUUUUCUUGCCAGAGGCCUCGAGAAGAGAUCGUCGUUCAGCAAAUCUUCAGUUGUUCGAAAUGCUUCGUAUAAAAUCAAGCAAGUCUCUCAGGAACUCAUGAGAUUAGCUUCGUUCUCGAAGCGAGCUCAGCUUCAAGGCCGCUUCGAUAGAACGAAAUCUGCGGCGGCGCAUGCUUUGAAAGGACUCAAGUUCAUCAGUAAGGCCGACGGCGCCGCCGCCUGGGCCGCCGUGGAGAAGCGGUUCGACGACCUCACCGCCGCCGCCGCCACCAAUGGCUUGCUUCAUCGCUCACUGUUCUGUGAAUGCAUUGGGAUGAAUAAGGAAUCGAAAGAGUUCGCCGGAGAGCUUUUUGAUGCGCUUUCACGGCGGAGAAAUAUGAUGACUGAUUCGAUCAAUAAGGCGCAGUUGAGAGAAUUUUGGGACCAAAUCUGUGAUCAGAGUUUCGAUUCUCGGCUUCGAACUUUCUUUGACAUGGUUGACAAAGAUGCAGAUGGGAGAAUCACUGCAGAAGAAGUCAGAGAGAUUAUCAGCCACAGUGCUUCUGCAAACAAGUUGUCAAAUAUACAGAAACAGGCCGAUGAAUAUGCAGCAUUGAUCAUGGAAGAGUUAGACCCAGAUAAUCUUGGAUAUAUCAUGAUAGAGAACUUGGAGAUGCUUCUGUUACAAGCUCCAAACCAUUCUACAAGAGGCGAAAGCCGGAACCUGAGCCAAAUGCUGAGCCAGAAGCUUAAGCCUACACUGGAACUCAACCCGAUAAAGCGAUGGUAUGGAGACACCAAAUACUUCUUGCUGGAUAAUUGGCAGAAAGUUUGGGUGAUGGCACUCUGGAUUAUGAUCAUGCUGGGCCUAUUUACUUGGAAGUUUAUUCAGUAUCGGAACAGAGCAGCAUACAGUGUAAUGGGUCAUUGUGUAUGUAUGGCAAAAGGCGCAGCCGAGACUCUGAAGCUGAACAUGGCACUGAUUUUGCUCCCUGUCUGCCGGAACACCAUUACCUGGUUGAGAAACAGGACCAAAUUAGGAGUUGCUGUUCCAUUUGACGACAACCUCAAUUUCCACAAAGUGAUAGGUGUGGCAAUUGCAAUUGGAGUUGGAAUACAUGCAAUUUAUCACUUAUCAUGUGACUUCCCUCGCCUUGUUCAAGCAAGUCCUACCAAGUACGCGCCAAUGGAGCAGUACUUUGGGCCUCAUCCUUCAAGCUACUGGCAUUUUGUGAAGAGUUUUGAAGGGGUGAGUGGGAUUAUCAUGGUAGUGUUGAUGGCAAUAGCUUUUACUCUAGCAAGCCCGUGGUUUAGGCGAGGCAGGGUCAACCUGCCUAAACCCCUCAAGAAGCUCACCGGAUUCAAUGCCUUCUGGUAUUCACACCACCUCUUUGUCAUUGUCUACUCUCUGCUCAUUGUUCAUGGUAUCAAGAUUUACCUGACCCACGAAUGGUACAAGAAAACGACCUGGAUGUAUUUGGCAGUUCCAGUCACACUCUAUGCGGUUGAGAGAUUGAUUAGGGCAUUCAGAUCCAGCAUCAAGCCUGUUAAGAUAAAUAAGGUGGCUGUUUAUCCUGGAAAUGUGUUGGCGCUUCACAUGUCGAAGCCUCAUGGAUUCAGAUACAAGAGUGGGCAAUACAUGUUUGUCAACUGUGCUGCUGUUUCACCAUUUGAAUGGCAUCCAUUCUCCAUUACUUCAUCUCCAGGAGAUGACUACUUAAGCGUUCAUAUUCGAACACUUGGCGAUUGGACACGACAGCUCAGAACUGUGUUCUCAGCGGUGUGUCAGACACCAUGUACCGGGAAAAGUGGACUCCUGAGAGCCGAUUGGUCACAAGAUGAGAACAAUCCUAACUUCCCACGAGUGUUGAUAGACGGUCCAUACGGGGCACCAGCACAAGACUACAAGAAAUAUGAAGUGUUGUUACUUGUGGGGUUAGGAAUUGGGGCAACACCAAUGAUCAGCAUUGUCAAGGACAUUGUGAACAACAUGAAGGCCACGGAGGAAGAAGAACAUGCUUUGGAGAAUGGGAACAAAUUACCAAAUUGUCCAGGUCCGACAACGCCAAAGCAAAAAUUUGGAUCAGGAAGUGGCUGUAAUUUCAAGACAAGAAGAGCUUAUUUUUAUUGGGUUACAAGGGAACAAGGCUCAUUUGACUGGUUCAAAGGGAUCAUGAAUGAAGUGGCUGAAUUGGACCACAAGGGAGUCAUAGAGAUGCACAACUAUUGCACUAGUGUCUACGAAGAGGGUGAUGCGCGUUCUGCCCUCAUUGCCAUGCUCCAAUCAAUCAACCAUGCCAAGAAUGGCGUGGAUGUUGUCUCUGGCACUCGCGUGAAAUCACAUUUUGCCAAGCCCAACUGGCGCAAUGUCUAUAAGCACAUUGCUCUCAAUCAUCCUGAUACUCGAGUUGGGGUGUUUUACUGUGGGGCACCAGCACUAACAAAAGAGCUAAGACAGCUGGCUUUGGAUUUCUCUCACAAGACAUCCACCAAAUUUGAUUUUCACAAAGAAAAUUUUUGACCACUGUGUACGUAUGGAUGAGAAGUCUUGAAAACAGUCCAUUCCAUAUGGAUGAGAAGCCUUGAAAACAGUCCUUUCUACACUUGAAAAAUUCUUCUAGAACCCCACCAUCAUCUCCCUCUCUCUCUCUCUCUAUCUCUCUCUCUCUCUCUCUCUCAUGUACAGUAAAAUUGAUAUUUUGUGUCUGUAAUAUGGUAUUAUAUUAUUGUGAUGAAGAGCUAGAGCUUGCUAUUAUUGAGAGAGAUUAGUGUAGUGUGACACCUGGUUGAGUGAGAUUAUAAAGCAGAUUGAUGUGUAGCCAAAAGAUAGUGGAAUGGGUCCUGUUUGGAUGAGGGGCCACCUACCACUAAACCUGGAAUUAGGUGGAAGCCGCUGUCCGCGUGUAUCCAAAAGCGAAAGGAAGAUGUCAUAAUUUUCAUCACAGUUGGUAGUCAUGAUGCAACCUAUCAUGCAUUUAGAUCUUAAAUUUGUAAAAUAAUUUAUAAAAAAAUAAAACAAUAAAUAAAAUAGAAGUUAUUUUUUUUGUUCU